CUUAGGAUGGAUGUACAAUGCUCACUUACAUGUUGUACACGCUUUCUCUUUCUGUGAAGCCUCCCACCUGUAAGGCCUGACGACACACUUCAAGCAGUUUGACUGGGACACCGGGCUGUGUGUGUGAAAUCAGGCUGGUGAGUGUCACGUCACAUGUUUGUGUCAAAGACAGCUUGAUGCUGCUCAGCUAGCAAGCUUUAGCCGAGCAGCAGGUCUGCGGAGCGGUCAGCCUUUCAGAUCCACCCCGCACUGCAGGACUGGUUGAUGCACCACUGCCAGUGAUUGUUGAGGAUGAGGAGCCGCAGUAACUCAGGGGUGAGACUGGACGGCUAUGCCAGGCUAAUCCAAGAAACUAUCCUGUGCCACCAGAACCCAGUGACAGGACUUCUGCCUGCCAGUGCCCAGAAGAAGGAUGCCUGGGUGAGGGAUAAUGUUUACAGCGUCCUGGCUGUGUGGGGGCUGGGCAUGGCCUACCGCAAGAACGCAGACAGAGACGAAGACAAGGCCAAGGCCUAUGAACUGGAGCAGAGUGUGGUGAAGCUGAUGCAGGGACUUUUGCAGUGCAUGAUGAGACAGGUGGCCAAGGUGGAGAAGUUCAAACACACCCAGAGUACAAAAGAUUGCUUGCAUGCCAAAUAUGAUACUCCCACCUGUGCCACGGUUGUCGGGGACGACCAGUGGGGCCAUCUCCAAGUAGACGCCACCUCCAUUUACCUGCUGAUGCUGGCACAGAUGACAGCCUCAGGUCUUCGCAUUAUCUCAAACCUGGAUGAAGUGGCUUUUAUCCAAAAUAUGGUCUUCUACAUAGAGGCUGCAUACAAAGUGGCAGAUUAUGGGAUGUGGGAGCGAGGUGACAAGACCAACCAGGGCAUCCCAGAGCUCAAUGGCAGCUCUGUAGGAAUCGCUAAGGCAGCUCUGGAGGCCAUAGAUGAGCUGGAUCUUUUUGGUGCUCAUGGAGGUCCAAAGUCAGUCAUCCAUGUUUUGCCUGAUGAAGUGGAACAUUGUCAGUCUAUCCUGUGCUCCAUGCUCCCAAGAGCUUCGACUUCAAAGGAGAUUGACGCCGGGCUUCUGUCCGUCAUUUCCUUCCCUGCCUUUGCUGUUGAGGAUGCUGAACUCGUGGCCAUCACAAAGUCGGAAAUCAUAAGCAAACUGCAGGGUCGCUAUGGCUGCUGUCGCUUCAUCAGAGAUGGAUAUCGAUGUCCUAAAGAAGACCCAUCUCGGCUGCACUACGAUCCUGCAGAGCUCAAGCUCUUUGAGAAUAUCGAGUGUGAGUGGCCCGUCUUCUGGACCUAUCUCAUCCUGGAUGGUGUCUUUACCGGAGAUCAAGUACAGGUGCAGGAGUACCGUGAGGCACUGGAAGGCAUUUUGAUCAGAGGGAAGAACGGCAUCAAACUGCUGCCUGAACUUUAUGCUGUACCUCUUGACAAGGUGGAGGAGGAGUACGGCAAUCCUCACUCAGUGGACAGAUUGGCCAUGGGGCAGCUGCCGCACAUGUGGGGACAGUCACUCUACAUCCUGGGCUGUCUACUGGCCGAGGGCUUUUUAGCACCAGGAGAAAUAGAUCCUCUCAACCGGAGAUUCUCUACAAACUUCAAGCCUGAUGUUGUGGUACAAGUUUGUGUACUAGCAGAGACUGAGGAGAUCCAGGAGUUGAUGAGAGAUCAUGGGAUCAUGGUGCAGACAAUGGCAGAAGUUAUGCCCAUCAGGGUGAUGCCUGCUCGAAUCCUGAGCCACGUCUAUGUCAGACUUGGAAGCUGUAAGAAACUGAAUUUGAGUGGGAGGCCCUACAGACACAUUGGAGUUCUGGGAACAUCCAAAUUCUACGAGAUCAGAAAUCGUUCUUAUAUUUUCGCCCCUCAGUUUCUGGAUCAGCAUCAUUUCUACCUGGCUCUGGACAACCAGAUGAUAGUGGAGAUGUUACGCACAGAGCUGGCCUACCUCUCCUCUUGCUGGAGGAUGACAGGAAGACCCACACUCACUUUCCCCAUCACCCGCAGCAUGCUGGUUGAAGAUGCAGAUGCGAUUGACCCGUGUAUCGUAUCAACCCUCAGGAAACUGCAAGAUGGCUAUUUUGCUGGAGCAAGGUCUGUUUUCUUCUGUUACACAGGACAUCAUAAUAUUAGUGUGUUAAAUGUUAGAUGUGUGGGUAUUUCGUGCGGAUGUUACUACAGGGUGCAGAUGUCAGACCUCUCCAGUGUCCAGACCACGUCCUUCCACACUCGCCUCAGCUUCCUGGAUGAAGAGAACGAUGACAGCUUACUAGAGGAUGAUGAUGAUGAUGAUGAUGAUUAUGGAGAGGAAUACAACAACUAUGUUCCCUUGGAGGGCUCAAAAGACCAGUUUGACCAGUACCUCACCCAGGUCCUCCACAGCACCACCACCAAGAGCCAUCUUCCUCCCAUCCAGAGUGGGCAGCACCACGUCUUCAGUGCUGAACACACCACCAGGGACAUCUUGUCCUUCAUGGCCCAGGUCCAGGGCCUGAACAUGCCAAAGUCUUCCAUGUACCUGCCUGUGACUCCGAUUAAGACCAAACGCCGCAAAGCUCUCAACCUACUUGAAGUUCCUGCUCAACCUCAGCAAGCCUCACAUACAAAUCAGCACAAGCCCCACAGUGCUGCUGACUUGCACCUUCCCAGAGACUCCCAGGGCAACACAGACUUUGCAGCGCUGGUGCGGCAGCUUAAAGAGUGUCCCACACUGCAGGACCAGGCCGACAUACUCUACAUCCUUUACAUAAUGAAAGGAGCUGAUUGGCUGGUGGAGUUGUCAGGUCCAGGGCAGGGCGGGGUCAGCGUGCGGUCCCUGCUGGAGGAGCUGUAUGAACAGGCUGGGUCCUCCAAAGAGUGGGGGCUCAUCAGAUACAUCUCUGGGAUCCUACGCAAGAGAGUGGAGGUCCUCGCUGAGGCCUGCACAGAUCUGAUUUCUCAUCACAAGCAGCUGACUGUAGGUCUUCCUCCUGAGCCCAGGGAAAGAGUCAUCACAGUUCCUCUUCCUCCAGAGGAGUUAAACAAUCUUAUCUAUGAAGCCAGUGGUCAGGACAUCAGUAUAGCUGUACUCACACAGGAAAUCAUGGUCUAUCUAGCAAUGUACGUGCGAUCGCAGCCCGUUCUGUUUGGGGACAUGCUCCGGCUCAGGAUAGGCCUCAUCAUGCAGGUGAUGGCGACGGAGCUCGCUCGCAGCCUGCACUGCUCUGGGGAAGAGGCUUCUGAGAGUUUGAUGAGCCUGAGUCCUUUUGGCAUGAAGAACCUGCUGCAUCACAUCCUCAGUGGCAAAGAGUUUGGCGUGGAGAGAAGUGUGCGCCCAAUCCAGUCAACAGCCACAAGUCCUGCCAUCUCCAUACACGAACUUGGUCACACUGGAGCCACCAAGACCGAACGAACAGGGAUACACAAGCUGAAGAGUGAGAUAAAACAGCUGGAUGACUCUCGGCCUAUCAGUAUCUUCAGCGGCGGUCAUUCCUUGAGUAGCAAUGUCACUUCUCCUCGCUCCACGCGCUGCAGCAGUCCCUCCACCCCCAGUGGCAUCCUGUCCCCGGUGGGUCACGGUCCAGGUGACGGACAGCUGCACUGGGAGGAGAGGCAGGGCCAGUGGUUGAGGAGGCGCAGGCUGGAUGGAGCAAUCAACAGAGUACCGGUGGGUUUCUACCAGAAGGUGUGGAAGAUCCUGCACAAGUGCCACGGCCUGUCCAUCGAUGGAUAUGUGUUACCCUCCUCUACCACAAGAGAGAUGACAGAGGGAGAGAUCAAGUUUGCGGUGCAGGUGGAGUCUGUCCUGAACCACGUCCCUCAGCCUGAGUACCGGCAGCUGCUGGUGGAGACUAUGAUGGUUCUGGGCCUGGUGGCCGAUGUAGACGUGGACAGCAUCGGUGGCAUUGUUCACGUGGACCGCAUCCUGCAUCUGGCCAAUGACCUCUUCCUUAAUGACCAGAAGUCCCACAGUGCCAGUGAUUAUUUCCUUGAGAAAGACCCAGCGACUGGCAUCUGCAACUUUUUCUACGACAGCGCCCCCAGUGGCAGCUUCGGUACCAUGACCUACCUGUCCAAGGCGACCAUCAAUUAUCUCCAGGACUUCCUGCCAAGCUCCAGCUGCCUGAUGCAGUGAACAUGCAGACUGAACACCUGGAGAGACAUGCUUCAUAGUAGAAAAUCAUCUGGCCUAAGGCAGCAAAGCUUAUCGUUAUCAGUGUAUCGAUUCCUGUGGUGCUUGUGAGUAUUUACUCCUCAAUUCACUCGCCUUGGCAGCUGAUUUCAAACCACUAUAUAGGAGUAUAUUUUUCCUUUUUUCGAGACUGGUCUGUUAAUUUAUUUAUUUCUUAACAUGCUGCUUGAGUGUCUGUUUGCUGGACUUUCAAUCAUGCAUUUUAUGUAAAUUGAAUUGCAAAGAUAUUAGCACAUUUAUGUGCUGUAGGUGUUGUGUGUGAGAAUAUUAUAUAAACUGUUGUCUGGAUAUUCAUAAGAGGAAAUAGCUUGAUCACUUCCUGUAGUUAAUGAUCCUUAAUAUCCUAUAAAAUACUAAAAUAAUUGAUCAAUCAUAAAACAUUUUUGAACCUUGAUUACCUUCCCCCUCAAAUGAAUAAUUUGUGCAUAUGAUUUAACAUAAGUUGUACCUCCUGAUAGCAUGCAGGCUCGUUAUACAUUAGUGUUGAUGAUAAUAAAACUUAGAUGGUGUGGUAUUUUGGUAUCAAUAUUAAGCCGUAUGGGAACAAGAAUGAUAGUUUUCCUUGAAUGCCGGCAAUGUUUUUAGUCUCGUGAAUUGUUUUGAAUCUUUUGCGGAUGUGUUGUGUGUGUUUUGUACAAUGAAUGAUGACUAAUCUGUCUCUCUGCAGAUGGAUGACACACCAGGGUUUUGUCACUACAUGGCAAGAAACAUGUAGCUUUACAUUUUCAGGGUGUGUUCAUUUAUGUACAGUGAAAGUACAUUUAUUUUAAGUAUGUAGGGUAAAAGUCUGCCUUAGCAGAGGAACAUAUUAGUGUUCUUUAUGUAUACAAUGUUUAAAUACAGUAUAUUACAUGCUUUGUACAUAGUGACAUAAAAGUACAGUCAGAUUUUGGUAAAGAACAAGAAAGUUCUGUAGUAUGUUGAAUAAGGUCUCUGUAAGUGUGAAAAGCGGGGAAAAGACAAAAAGUUGCUAACAUGACAUAUUUGGAUGCUGUCAUAAUGCUGAAAUAUUAAAAUGAAUUUAAAACAAUAACAAAUACAACUAAUAUAUUAGAAAAAAUAUAUACAACAUUACAUUUUACUAUGUUAACAGAUCUCAUUUGACCUGUUUUAUUAUUUUAACAAUGCAGUGUCUACUCAUUUCCUUUAUUAAAACAUAUAUUUAUGUUCAUGCAAUAAUAAAAUCAUUUGACUAACUAAA